AUGCCUGAACCCGCCAAGUCUGCGCCCAAGAAAGGCUCUAAGAAAGCCGUGAGCAAGACCGCCGGCAAAGGAGGUAAAAAGAGGAAAAGGACCAGAAAGGAGAGCUACGCCAUCUACGUGUACAAGGUGCUGAAGCAGGUCCACCCCGACACCGGCAUCUCGUCCAAGGCCAUGAGCAUCAUGAACUCGUUCGUCAACGACAUCUUCGAGCGCAUCGCCUCGGAGGCGUCUCGCCUGGCUCACUACAACAAGCGCUCCACCAUCUCCUCCAGGGAGAUCCAGACCGCCGUGCGUCUCCUGCUGCCCGGCGAGCUGGCCAAGCACGCCGUGUCCGAGGGCACCAAGGCCGUCACCAAGUACACCAGCUCCAAGUAAAUCGCUAUGCUGCUGCAGUUGAAACCCAAAGGCUCUUUUAAGAGCCACCCACUUCCUCUGA